CCAUCAACUUCAGCUCCAUUUCUUUUAGCUGAAUCUUAUAUUGAGUCUUGAAAUUUGACUGUGAAAAUGGGUUUCACGUUUGCAUAUCGACUUAUCUUAGUCGUGGCAGUUGCUUCCGUGUUGGGAAUAAGCCUGGCCAAUAAAGACUGGGGCUCCCCUAACUCCAACUAUACUGGCUGGGGUUGGGGUUGGGGUUGGGGCUCCUCUAAGUCUAACCACACUGGUCAGGGCUUUAAUAACCAUCCCUUGAAUGAAACUCAAGGAUCCAAAAAGAUCAUUGUUGGUGGAUCAGAAAACUGGCAUUUUGGCUUCAACUACUCCAAUUGGGCAGUCAACAAUGCACCCUUUUACUUCAACGAUACUCUAGUGUUCAAGUACGAUCCACCAAGCAAUGCCACAUUCCCUCACAGCGUUUACUUGUUUCCCGACCGAUGGAGCUACUUGAAUUGCGACUUAAAGAGAGCAAAGAUGGUGGCAAACACAACCGAAGGCGGUGGCGAUGGGUUCGAGUUUGUGCUGAAGAGGUGGACACCCUAUUACUUUGCUUGUGGUGAACGUAAUGGCUUCCAUUGUAAGGUCGGCAGCAUGAGGUUCAUGGUGAUGCCACUCUUUCGUUGGCAUUACUAAACUCUUGGAGAUUAUCUCAGAGAAAGAUCGACAUUCAACAUAACUCACAUACAUAUACGGUUUUAUUUCACUUUGUUGACAAAAUUAAUGUGUGAUUCUUUCUUAAUAUGGUUGAGAAGCUACUAGUUUGGUUUAUUUUAUGUUGUAAUGAUGCAAAAUAAGACAUGUUAUAAUUGCAUUUAAAAAUUAUAUUGAUAAAUAAAUUAACCUUUCUUAAUUUGUUUCAAAGAAAGAA